AUGAAUACAUUGGAGAAGAUGGUCAUACGGGUGAUCGACACUGUCCAGCCUGUUCUGUAUGACCACUUCGCGAUGAUGUCGACAAUGACGGAACUGUGUGGCUUGGACGUCGUGUUCCGUAACUACCCCUACGCCAAGUAUGCGACCGAUGUCUCACCCGAAAAGCUCCUUGUGGACAUGAGUGCGCACGAACCCGGCUCUGUAUCUGACAUCACCAUGUUUCGCGACCGCCAGGACAUCCACCUUUCGACCCUACGCAAGUUGUUGGGGUCGACGCGAGCCAUGCACCCCAAGAAGCGACCAGUGCAUUGCGUUCUUCACCGGGCCGACCUCGAGCGCAACAGCAACGUAUCGUCGGACCCUAUCGUCGUCGAGAACUUCUUCGGUCGUGUGUGUAUUCUAUGGAAAGUAUCGUAUACAACCUUUGUGUGGGGGACCAAGUGCUACGAUGCAAUCCAACGACUCACCUUUGCGUUGACGAACUUCUACUUGGCCUGA